AUGGGUAUCAAAUUGAAAACAUUUGCCAUCAUUUUGGACAAACCGGAUGCCAUAUACCGGACAUCGGACGUGAUAAGCGGUCAGUGUAUAAUCGGGUUAGAUGGGAAAAUGCAGCUUGAUCAAUUGAAAAUCAAACUGCGGGGUAGGGCUGAAUGCGAGUGGACUGAGGAAAGGCAAGUGACCGAAACUAACGACGAGGGCGAGACCACUACCGAGACUGUGAUCGACAAGUUUCAUAAUAAGGACAAACAUCUCAAACAAGAGUUUUGUCACCAAAAUGGAAUGUACGGAAAAAUUGAAUAUUACAUUAAAUGUCGCGUAAAAAAGUCGGCACUAUUCUCUGGCGACGAGAAAACAACCCUGCCCAUUGAAAUCAUUUCGCCAGCGUUGCCAACUAGCCAGGAUAUUACCUCGCCGGUGAGUAAAUCGAACAAAAAAACUGUCGGGCUAAAAGUGUUUGGCGGAAAGGGGUUAACAUUGAAGGCUGAUAUCGCGCGCAGCGGACACAACACGGGGGCCAAUAUAGAGGUGACGUGCUUUAUGGAGAACAAGAGCAAAAAGGCUAUGACAUUGAAGGCAUCGUUGAUUGAGAGCGUACUUUACACCACUAAAGAGGGUAAAAAGAUCAGCACUGAUACUAUAAGCUAUGCGGUCGGACCCAAUGUUGAAGCCAAAAGUGUUUCGACCGAAACGCUUUCGAUUCAGGUUCCCGUCACAGCCCUAGUGUUGCACAACACGUGUCCAAUAAUCAGCGCCACCCAUGAGCUCGACGUGUAUUUAGACAUUUCCGGUUCGUUUGAUUUGCACUGCAAUCUGCCGGUUGUUAUUACAAAUUUUUAG